GUACUUGUCUGUCUUGCUCACUCACACACAGGCUUCAAGCCAUUUCACCAAAAAUUCCCUUUCGCAAUCACUCCCUUUCUUCCUUUCCCAGCGCGUUCUUUUGGCGACCAGCAGUCGUCAAAUGAACCUGCAUAGUUAUUAUUAUUUUGAUUGCAAGGUACGAAUUACCCGAUCGGAGGCGGAGAGUGAGAGGCAAAUAUUUCUUUGGUGCAUGCUUCACAACUGAAGAUAGAGAAAAAUACAGGCUGUUAAGAGCGUUGCUGACCUCAAUUCUAGCAUUGCCUCUUCCCUCUGAAGAGGUCUCCCGCAAGAUAAAUGGUCUUCAAGCCGUUCACCCACCUCGCGCGUCAGAGUUUCACCAAAGCCUUCACCCAUGGCUAUGCUCAGUCGGUAGUUGCGGCCUCGCAGUCUUCAUACGCGUCGUCCACUACCUUAAACACCCUCUCCAACCAGCCCGCCGCCAAAUUCACGCGCACAACUCAGCUACAAAAUGUCUUCCAGCCCUCUAGCUCCGGUGCAGGCGCCAAAGCCAGCCAGGGCACCUCCGGCUCUGGUGACUUGGGAUUAGCGGCCUACUACGCCGCAUGGCAACAUGCUCAGCAAACCGGAGAUGACAGUGACUGGAAGCAGAUGCAGAUGCGGAGGAGAAUUGGAUGGAAGCCCACAUUGAACGAAGAAGAAGGAAAGACGAAGAGUGAAGCCAACCUCCCAACCUCUGAUUCUCAAUUCCACGAUUCGCCUCACAUCACGAAAGCCUCCGCCAAUGAGGACGUCAGUGCCAAGGUCGAGGAAGCCGUUGCCCGCGAGAUUCAAAUACAAGAAGAACAAGCUCAGGCUGAGGAGGCUUCUGAGACUAAGCACAGUUCCGCCACCGAGGCGUUCCCCGAUCUGCCCGCCGAUGUGGCCGCUGUAGAGGAUGCGACCGUCGAGCCGUCUCGCAUUGCUUCCGAGCACAUCGUCCACUUGGCAAAUGGCAGGAAAUAUGCGGAAAUCCCGGGUGCCUUCGCGGCUAUCCUACGGGAUGGACUGACGCCGACCGUCGGGGCCUACAAUGCCCUGUUGGAGUCGGCGAUUCAGCUCCACGGUGAUACCGCGCAGGCGAUUCAGAAGGCGUUGGACAUCUACUCGGAUAUGCUUCGUCGCAGAGUAAUCCCCGAUGAGCAGACGUAUCAGAUUCUGGUUCAGCUCUUCGUCGUUCGCGCCCAUGAUGCCAGCAAGGCCAAGGACCUCUUGGAGCAGGACCGUACCCGUUACGGUGGUAUGGAGGAGCCUGGCAAGUUCAUGCUACACUCCAGUGAGUUGGAGCAGGCGCUUCUUGCCGAAGACCAUUCUCUCGCCAUUGCUAUGAAGCUCUUCCGUACUGCUACCGCCCGUCACCCGGAGUUCGUCUUUGCGCUCGACACUUACCGUUACUUGAUCACCGCAUGUGCCAAGGAGUGCCUGGUUGAAGACAUGGUCACCGUGUACGCCCACAUGGAAACCCACAAGGUGACCCCACACGCGUCGAUAUUCCCGUCCAUGAUCGAUGCUUUCGGUUCGACCGGGGACUUGCAGAGCGCUGUGGAAUGCUACAACGAGUACAAGGCUCUCGCUGUUUCGGACGACAACGGUACAUUUAGCAUUGUUCAGCGUCUGGAUGGGCAGGUCUAUGCAGCGUUGGUCCGUGCGUACCUCUCCUGCGGAAAGGAAGAGCAAGCCCUUCGGUUUCUGGAGCGGAUCCAAGCUUCGUUCAACGAAGUGACAGAAAACCGUGAGGCCCGCCAGCAUGCUGUGGAAUCGGUAAUUGUUGAGGAUGGAUUGGUGCGUCAUGCUCUCAAGUCGGGGGAGCACGGUCGCGCAUUGGAGCAAGCCAAGACCCGAUUGCACGAUAGCGCACUGGAUCAUGCCAUGUCUCAGAUCUGCAUUGCCGCGGCGGAUGCGGGUAAUCUUCAGACAGCAUCCGAAGCAUACGAUGCUCUCCCCACCGACAUGAGCGUCCGUCAGAGGUCCGCGGUCUCCAUGCUGGCCCUUCAUGUACGUCAGGGGAAUGUGUCGGCCGCCCGGACCCUGUGGCACGCUCUCAACACUGCCGGUCAGGCAACCCCGGACAUGGUCCAGCCGACCGCCAUGUAUGCAGUCGCUCUCGUGAAGAGUGGUCAGAUCAAAGAGGCCUUGGUUGAAGCUCGUAAUAUGUUUGCUCGGAUUCGCAGUACUUCGACCGACUUAACCCUCAACCAUAUUCGCGAACAGAUCAACGAAAGCCUUCACCUUGUCGGUCGCGUUCUUGUUCAAACUGCGGCUAUUCUCUCCUGUCAAGCUGCCAUGUCUCUCAUGUGGUCGAUGGUCGAGAAUGGCGGCCUCAUUUCCCCUGUCGCCGAGCAUGUUGUUGCCAGCUUGGGCCCGGUCGGCAUCUCUCAGUUGAGUGCCCGUGACCUCAUGUUGGCUCUUCAGGUGCAGGCUGGUAUGCUUCUGAACAACAGCGCUAUGUUCGACGUGGCUCAUCCAAUUCGCUUCGCUCACAUGCUGGACCUCGCCUUGGCUACUGGCCUGCCGAUGGAAAGUACUACCACCCAGAUGGUCGACCAAGCCGUGGGCAAACUGUUCAACAGCCGCCCGGACAUGGUCAAGAGAUGGCACGACCAUCUUUCCAUGACCUCUAGCCCUUCGUCUUUCGUCAGUGGUCGUCACUCUCCCAGUUCGGAUCUGUCCUCCAUGACUCCAGUCUCCAGCGAAGACUCAUUCGACCCCUAUGCAUACGCCACCGAUUUCCGCGGAUCCUCGAUGAUUGCUGAUGGACUUGAGAACAACCACGGCUCGCUAGAGUCUCACCUGAACGAGGCUCUCUCGCGCCUUCGUUCCAUGCGCCGCAGCGGCCGUCACCCUCGCUACAUCACGUACGCCAAGCUGAUCAACUCAGCGACCAAGAUCAACCGUGUUGAUCUAGUCCACGAGAUUUUGAGCAUGGCUCGUCGUGAUGUGCCCUUGCUUCCUCAGUACAACGCUGUCAAGUACGGUUGGGUUUCGAUCCUAGACGCGAUGGUGGCCUCGUGCCUGAGCCUGGGAGACCGCAGCCAGGCUUCCAAGUUCCACCAGGAGCUGCUGGAUCUUGGCUGUGCCCCUUCCGCUAACACCUUUGGUCUUUACAUUACGACUCUGAAGGAAUCGACCAAGACUUUCGACGAAGCGACCGAGGCUUUGAAGAUCUUCCACCGCGCUGUCGCCGAAGGUGUUGAGCCCACGUCUUUUCUUUACAACGCCCUCAUCGGUAAGCUCGGCAAGGCUCGUCGCAUUGAUGAUUGUCUGCUGUACUUCGCCGAGAUGCGCGCCAAUGGAGUUCGCCCGACCAGUGUCACCUAUGGAACGAUCGUCAAUGCCCUUUGUCGUGUCAGCGACGAACGGUUUGCCGAAGAGAUGUUUGAAGAGAUGGAGUCGAUGCCUAACUACAAGCCUCGCCCCGCCCCGUACAACUCGAUGAUUCAGUACUUCCUUAACACCAAGCGCGACCGCAGCAAGGUCUUGGCAUACUUUGAGCGUAUGCUCACUCGAAAGAUCCAGCCUACUAUGCACACUUACAAGCUGCUCAUCGACGCCCACGCCUCCUUGGAGCCGAUUGAUAUGCCUGCGGCCGAGAAGGUGCUUGAGACCAUCAAGGCUGCUGGUCAGCAACCCGAGGCUGUGCACUAUGCUUCCCUGAUUCACGCCAAGGGCUGUGUGAUGCAUGAUAUGGACGCUGCUAUGGAAGUCUUCCGCUCCGUUGUGUCGGACCGCAAGGUGCGGGUCCAGCCUUGCUUGUACCAAGCCCUUCUUGAGGCCAUGGUGGCCAACCAUCAGGUUGCUCGGUCGGAGGAGAUUGUGAAGGAGAUGGCUGCGCGCCGCGUCGAGAUGACCGCUUAUAUUGCCAACACUCUUAUUCACGGAUGGGCUGCGGAGGGCAACGUUUCCAAAGCCAAGACUAUCUACGAUAGCAUUGGCAUUGAGAAGCGCGAGCCCAGUACAUAUGAGGCCAUGACGCGCGCAUUCUUGGCGUCGGAUGACCGCGAGGGCGCUGCCCGCAUUGUACAGGAGAUGCUCUCUCGGGGCUAUCCCCCUGCUGUGGCCGGCAAGAUUGCCGAUCUGGUUGGGACUGGCGGUGCCCCAGCUGUCCCGGCCGUCGCUGCUCUGUAGAGCCUGCGACAUGAAAAGUUGCCUUCUCGUUUUCGAUCAUCGCGUUGAUGGUCAGUUAAUAUUUUCUCCAGGGCUGGAUCCCUGUUUCUGGGCUGAAUCCAGUCUGAUAGUCUCGGCUUGAACAUUCGAAAAAUAAGGGGGCAACUCUGACGAUAUGGAGAUGGACUAUGGAUUUGCAUCUAGCGCAUGGCAUUGGCGUUUCUAGGACUGGGA